AUGCCGCCGAUGGCGACCACGACGGCGACGGCGACGGCGACUGACUCCGCGGCGCGCCGCUUCGCCUCGGCCUGCGGCGUGCUCAGCCAGUACGUCAAGGCGUCCGGCGUCCAGGAACCCGGCUAUCAGGCGGACGGGGCGCAGCAGCUGACGAUCUUCUACGGGGGGAGGGUGGUGGUGCUCGACCGCUGCACGCCGGCCAGGGCCGCCGAGCUGAUCCGGUUCGCCGCGGCGGCGGCGGCGGCCUCGCAGGGAGCGCCUGUCGUACAGCCGCCUGCCCCGGCGUUCGUCGACAUGCCGAUCGCGAGGAAGGCGUCGAUGCAGCGGUUCCUGUCGAAGCGCAAGGACAGAUCCGCCCCGGCCCCGGCCCCAGCCCCCGAGGGUCCGCCGUACGCGCAUCAUGAGGAAGUGGCGCCGCCCAAGAAGAAGGGCAAGACGGAAGCUUCUUCCUGGCUCGCCCUGGGUAGCUUAGGGGACAUGCACGCGCCGUGA